AUGAAUGAAGAUGAAAAAGAACUUUUUAAGUAUUUACAUCCUCCAGCAGAUGUCUAUAAUAUAAAUCAUGAUUAAAACUAUAUUUUAGCUAAAAAAUCAAAUGGAAAAAAAAUUAGAAAUAUUUUUUAUAAUGUGACGUUGACAGAUCAAGAAGAGUAAGAAAUUAAUCAAUUUGAAGAUUUUUUAAAACAAUAAAAUAUUAAUCUACCAAUAAAAUGGGAAAGGAUAACAAGUUUAAAAUAUUUAUAUGUAUAAGACUUUAAUUAUAAAAAAUCAUUUGAAACUAUAAAAAAUCAUAUUUAAUGGUUAAAUAAUUAAUAAAUUUAAAAUCCUUAACAAUAAAUAAUUGAUAAAUACUUAAAUGCAGGUUUUAUUUAUACUUUUGGAAGAGAUAAUCAAUACAGACCAAUUGUAAUAAUAAAUGCCGAUAAGCUAAAAGCUUUGAAAGCUGGAAAACAAGAAAUGGUAAAUAUAAUUGCUGCUCUAUGUAAAAUAUUGAAUACUGUUAAUAAAUAUAUGUUUGUUAAAGGAAAAGUUGAAAAUUGGAUAAUUAUAAUAGAAACUAAUGGAUAAGGCUUAUUUGACUUAGAUUUUAAUGCUUUAGUUUAGUUAAUUAACUGUAUGACUACUAAUUACGUUUGUAUUUUACAUAGAUUAAUAAUUACGAACCCAAGUUGGAUUUUUAGAUAAGGGUGGUAACUUGUUUCUGUAAUGCUCCAAAAAUUUUACUUUGAAUUACUCAUUUGA